UCAGUGUGGCCUCAGUGCUUUAGGUCUAUAUUGGUUUGUUCGUCUUCGUUUUCAUUCCGGUGUGCAAUGGCGGAAAGUGACCUACCUGAAGAAGUUAUGAUGAGUAUUCUGUGCUGGUUGCCCGUGAAAUCCUUGAUCCGAUUCACCUCCGUUUCGAAACGAUGGCGUUUCAUCAUCUUAUCCGACCCCAAAUUCGCCACAUCCCAAUCCAACGCUGCUCGUCAGCGGAAAACCCUCGGUCGCCGUCUCAUCUUCUCCGCCGAAGCCCCUCGGCUCGCAUCUCAGCUCGUAUCCCUAGACUUGGCUGAUACGGCGUCGUUUGGACACCCUUCUUCCUCUGUCAGACACCUGACACUCCCUUUCGAGCGACUGGGAGGCGGCCCUCCACGUGACGUCAGGGCGUUCAGGCUACUGGGCUCCUGCAAUGGUUUGGUGUUUGUAGCCUUCGCUGUUUCCAGCUUUUACAUCUGGAACCCAGCAACCGGAAUCUUCAAGGAGCUGCCGAAGCCGGGUUUUCCCCACAGCUGUCGAGAGCUCACUUAUUACGGUGCCGGUUAUUUGUCCGCCACUGACGACUACAGAGUUUUCGCAACCUCAUAUGGGGUGUAUUCAGAUGGAGACUCGUAUGAUGUUCAGAAGAUGUUCUCCUCCAGAGCUCACGUUUGGAAAACAAUCCAAGACCCUUGUCCUUACAAAGCCUCUCCUAACCAGGCUAUUCUUUUGAAUGAGGCACUUCACUGGGUCAAGCAUAAUGUACUCCUUGCUUUCGAUUUCGCGCAGGAGCAGUUCAGGACAAUGCGUGUACCUGGUACUGACGGCCUAGGUUUCAAGAAUGCUGGGGUUUCUGAGGGAUGCCUGUGUGUGUGCCGUUAUCUGAGUGCCUGCUCUGUCGAUUUCUGGGUCAUGAGAGAAUAUGGUGUGGAUGACUCGUGGACUAAGCUGUUUAACUUUUCCCCUGUUGCUCCACGCCGGUACGAAGAUUUCUUUGUUAUGGAUAGCUGUACAGUUGCCUUAAAAUGGGCUAUGGGUCUCCAACAGGCGUUGGUAAAGAUCGAUCAUAAACAAGAAGAGGAAAUUGGCAAGUAUAUGCUUCCCGUCAUGUUAAGCAACUGGUACCGGGUUAGCAUGAUUCCAUACCAAGAGAGUCUACUUUGGAUUUAUGAUUAGCCCCGGGUGCGGGUUAGUUGCUCCUCCAUUUCACUAUGCUUGGAUAUUUUUUGUUUAUGUACAUGGGUUUCUGGAUGUACGAAAUGACAGCUUCAUGGGCUAAUGAUGAAAUGGAUGCACUAUUAGUAUUAUGUGAUUUCUUAAA